UUACUGGUAAUAAUGGCCUAACUUUCGGAUGCGUUCAUAACGCCAUCUUGUUUGUCUCACCAUAGACCAUUUGACAUUGACGAAUAUUAAUCACUGGCAGCACUGCAUCAUUUUGUAGUAUUGUAUCGUAGUUCACGCUGCGUCCGCCAUUUCGCGUCAGCGUCACAAUCGCAAGAAUUGAUCGAGUUGAAGACCGAGACGCCCUCGUUGGGAAAAAUUAGAAGUUAUAGUUUUCCCAUUUACGGGAUCCAGCAAAAUGCCGCCGCCAGAUAAGAAGGCUAUUGCGGACGGGAAGCUGAUCCAGUCCUAUCUGAACAACUACAAUGCCACCGCCGAGACUCCUGUCUUGGACUUGAACGGCGACGGUGGUGACACAGACGAGGUGCCAAGCAAUGGCGUCACUUACUUCGUGGACGAGCAGGGCCGCUACUACUACCAGCAGGGGGAGAACCAGUCCAUCAUGUCUCUACCCACCCCGGAUGAUAAUGAUGAGGGUAUAGCCGAAGACGAGAACAACCUGAUGGAGGAGGGGUACCAGACGGUGACGCUGGUGCCUUCGGAGACAGGGUCCGGGGAGGUCAGCUACGUGUUGGUGGUACAGGAAGAAACCAAGCCGGUUCUCAAUGUGGACAUCAAGAUUGAUCAGGAGGAGGUGGAUGAGAAGGGCAACGACGACGUGUACAACUUCGAGGAGGAGGGCGCCGAGGAGGAGGAGGAGGAGUUGGAGGGGGAUGAGGAGGGGGGCGCCAAGCGCAAGAAGACGCCCAAGCGGCGCAACAUGCGCUCAAAGUUCACCUGCACCUUCUGCAACUACACCAGCCACCGCCGCUACCUUCUCCUCCGACACAUGAAGACCCACUCGGAAGACCGGCCCUACAAGUGCAAGGUGUGCGAGCGGGGCUUCAAGACCAUGGCCUCGCUGCAGAACCAUGUCAACAUGCACAACGGGGUCAAACCGCACGUCUGCAAAUACUGCAACAGUCCCUUCACCACCUCCGGCGAGCUAGUACGGCACGUCCGCUACCGCCACACGCACGAAAAGCCACACAAGUGCACCGAGUGCGACUACGCGUCCGUCGAGUUGUCCAAGCUGAGGCGACACGUGCGGUGUCACACCGGCGAGCGACCCUACCAGUGCCCGGACUGCACAUAUGCUUCCCCAGAUACGUUCAAGCUGAAGCGACAUUUGCGCACGCACACAGGCGAAAAGCCCUACAAGUGCGAUAGCUGCAACAUGUGCUUCACGCAGUCUAACUCGCUCAAAGCUCACAAGCUCAUACACAACGUGGCAGAGAAGCCCGUGUACCGAUGCGAGCUCUGCCCAGCCAAGUGCGGACGUAAAACAGAUCUACGCAUCCACAUACAGAAGCUGCACACCUCGGACAAGCCUCUCAAGUGCAAACGGUGCGGGAAAACGUUCCCCGACCGCUACUCCUGCAAGCUACACAACAAGACUCACGAAGGGGAGAAGUGCUUCAAGUGCGACCUGUGCCCGUACGCGUCGACCAUGCUGCGCCACCUCAAGUCGCACAUGCUCAAGCACACCGAUGAGAAGCCCUUCGUGUGCACCGAGUGCGACCAGAGCUUCCGUCAGAAGCAGUUGCUGCGGCGGCAUCAGAAUCUGUACCACAAUCCGGACUACGUGCCCAAGCCUCCCAAGGAGAAGACGCACGCUUGCCACGAGUGCAAACGCACAUUCGCGCACAAGGGCAACCUGAUCCGACACUUGGCCAUCCACGACCCGGACUCGGGGCACACCGAGCGCGCGCUCGCGCUCAAGAUCGGUCGCCAGCGCAAAAUCAAGUACAUGCAGCCGCGCGCACAGGAGGAAGCGAACGAGUCAGACGACAACAACAUGGUGAAGCUCGGGCUGACGUCGAACGAGCUCCGGCGCGGCGAGCUGGUGACCGUGGCGGACGGCGACGGGCAGCAGUACGUGGUGCUGGAGGUGAUCCAGUUGGAGGACGGCACCGAGCAGCACGUGGCCGUGGUCGCGCCGGAGUACAUCGAGUGCGAGGAGCCCGAAGAGGAGGAGGACCAAGAGCAGGAGUCCGUAGCCAGCGGCGCCGAGGAGGUCCGGCACAAGGAGAUGGAGACUGGCAUGGAGAAGAGCAUCAAGCUAGAGAAAGACGUCACCAGUUGCUUCGGCUUCGAUGAAGACGACGAGGGUGAAAAUGACGAAGAUUACGAGAUGCUAGAGGCCCGGGGCUAAACCGGCAUGCAACUAGUGACAUGGCUAUAACGGGCUAUACCGGCAUGCAA